AUGCGCUCCACCACACUUGCUGCUUCGAGCUGCCGAGCCGCUCUCCAACGGGCGUCAUACACCCCGACACAGACCAUCAUAACAAAAAGAACAUUCACAUCGCUUCCAACUCUCCGCCCAUCUCUAGCAGCUCGGAACCCGGUCUUCCGGUCCGCCACAAACACCCUCGCGCGGUUGCCCAGCACUCCAGACGCAACCACCACCGCCACCGCCACAACAACAGACGCCGGAGUGGUAGCAGAUAUUGUACCCAAGUCGUCGAUAACCUCUCACCCGGCCUUUAUCGGCAGCGCGUUUCAGAUCCGGUGCGGCCCGCGGCCGAACCUCGAGCGCAGCAGUCGCCUCAUUCGCAAGCGCAGGUCCGGCUUUCUCGCGCGCCAGCGCAGCCAGACGGGCCGCAAGAUCCUGCAGAGGAGGAGGGUCAAGGGCAGGCGCGUGCUGUCCAUGUGA